AUGAAAAUAACUAAGAUAUACAAAUUUAUUCUACAAUUUAUUCUGGUUUAUCAGUGUAUUACAGUAGUGUAUUGUUCUGAUAGAGCUGGUGAAGGUGCAACUAGUGGAUUAAUACCGGUAACUCUUAACAUCAGUAGUGCUACUACAAGACAUAUUUACUAUUAUAAAGAAGGUGAAAACUUAAAAACAUUCAAUGCUAGGCCUGGUAGAUGUAUUUGUGAAAUAGAAAAGGGAGAUAAUAAAAUCUGGACCGCACAUCGCAAUGAUAACGGACUAAAGGCAGUAGUCAUGGGUUCCAAGAAAGAGCCGAAAUUCCUAGCUAUUUUACUCGAGAGUGGUAUGUUUGUAUUGCUUAGAAAAUUUGAAAAAGGAAAACCUUACGAAGAUAUUACUCAUACUAGAACCGAUAUGAGUAAAUUGAAGAUGUUUAAUAGAAAUGGUGAAGAAAUAGAUUCGAGUCACUGUAUUGUUGACAUGACACGUUUAUCUCUUAUUUAUGAAUUUAAAGAUGGAGUGAAUUGUCAUAAGAUACUUUACUCGGAUAGAGUAGUUUAUGAUUAUGAAUUAGAACCAGAGUUUGGAUUGUUAAAGGGAAUAUACCUAGAUCUUUUUAUGAAUGAUUUUAAUAUUGUAAAUGAAACUGGUAAAUCAAAGAAAAUAGAUAUGGAAAGUGAUAGGUCAAUUCCACAACAUGUACCAGUACAUCCUAAUAAUUAUCCAAAGGAAAUUAAACUAAUUGGAUAUCAACCUGUAGAUCCAUUUGAUCCAUUUAAUUCAGCAAAUUUUUCUGAAGUUUUUAAUACAAGAUAUAGUGUCACCAUGGCUGAAUCAGAAUACGAAUAUAGCAUAAGUAAUAUAAAAUGUUCCAUGGUUAAAUAUAAGGAUACUACCAUUUGGGAAAAAUCUCCUGAUUCAAAUAUUUAUCCAAUAUCAAUGAAAUUUCAUAGACUAAAAAAUGUUAUCUUACUUAGGUUUGUGGAUCACUUUAUUAAAUUAAUACUAAAGGAUAAUCACUGGGAAUCAAAAAAAUAUAAUUAUGAAAAAAAAGAACCUGAAGAUGAAACGAUUGGUGCCGUAGGAGGUGAACCUGCUCCGGCUGUAUAUUUGAGUCCAGAAGAAUUGAAUGCUCUUUCUAGAUGUAUAAAAAUUGAUAUUGACAUACAGCGUGACCGUGAAAAUGAUUGGUAUACGAUUGAUAAGUAUGAGAAUGUAAUUAGAUUUAGUGCGAAAGAUGGUUAUUUAUUUGGGUCAGUAAAAAGAAAAGGCGAACAAAUAUGGGUUUCUGAGGAUUCUGAGUUUUGUAAAGAAAUAUUUGUAGAUGCUUUAGUAUUUUUUAGUUGUAGAUAUGUUAGUGUAAAACUUGUAGAUGGAACAUAUAAUCAUUUCACAAAAACACGAAAUAAAUGGGCAAAAACAGAAAAUGGAAUAGUAUUUGAUCUUGAUACUGAUGAAUCAACAUUUCUUUAUGAAUGUGAAACUGAUGGUGAUACUAGAAUUUUCACUGUGAGAUUAAACUUUAAAUUUGUAUUGGCGAGAUAUAAAGAAAUGAAAGUCUGGGAAGGAUACUCAAAUGAGAACUCAAGAAAAAUAGUUUUAAAGGGCAAGGGUAAGAAGGAAAAGUAUAUAAUAGUACUAAAUAAUAAUGAAAAGUUUAUUCUAUUUCACAGAAGUGGUAAAAAUCAGCCUUGGAAAAAUAUCACACAUACAAGACAUAGAAUGAAUGAUAUGAAAUUUCUUAAAUCAGAUGGUACUGAAAUUGAAAAGACUGAAUAUCACGUAGACUUAUUAAAAACUUCAUUCUCAUACAUAUUUAAGCCACAAGUUGAAUGUCACACAAUUAAAUAUAAUGAUAGGGAAUUAUGGAAUUAUGAUGAUCCAGAAACUAGAAAAAGAUAUCCAACAAGUAUAAAUCUUGAAUUGACUACGAAUGAACUAAUAAUUAAAUUUGAUUACAAUAUAGAAAAAAAAUUAAAUAUAACUUAA